AUGCCGGGAACGCGAUCGCAAUAUAAAGCAAAAACAGCGGCUGCCAAACUGGACGCGCCAACAAUAGAAGGCAUCGUCAAUUAUAUAAAGAAAAAUGACGUGAAACGUAUUAUUGUCAUGUCCGGUGCUGGCAUCUCCACCGAUUCGGGCAUACCCGACUUUAGAAGCAAGGGCACAGGUUUAUAUGAUAAUCUGCAAAAGUUCAAUCUACCCUACGCUGAAGCCAUUUUUGAUAUCGAUUAUUUCAUGGAAAAACCCGAACCAUUCUAUGCUUUGGCAAAAGAAUUAUAUCCUGGAAAAUACUAUCCUACCAAAACUCACUAUUUUAUUCGAUUGCUUCACGAAAAGGGCAUGCUGUUACGUAAUUUUACACAGAACAUUGAUACAUUGGAACGACUGGCUGGUUUGGAUGAAGAUCUUAUUGUGGAAGCCCAUGGAAGCUUUGCCACUGCGUCUUGUGUCGAAUGCAAGAAUGUGGCGGAUCCAGCCCAAGUGAAGAAAAAAGUAUUGAAAGGAGAAGUGGCACGGUGCUCUUCAUGCGAUGGUCUUAUCAAACCAGACAUCACCUUUUUUGGCCAAAACCUUCCAAAGCGCUUCUUCAAACGAUUACAUGAUUUUAGUGAAGCCGACUUGUUGAUUGUCAUUGGCACCAGUCUUCAGGUGCAACCAUUUGCUUCAUUGAUCGACGAUGUUCCUGAUUAUGUCCCCCGACUUCUCAUUAACAAAGAAAAGGCCGGUGAUCAUCACACGUCUCACAGUGGGUUUGACUUCAAAUGGAAAUAUGGCAAAAAACGGGAUGCGCUCUUCCUGGGCGAUUGUAAUGAAGGCGUACAAAAGUUUGCAGAGUUGAUGGGAUGGAAGGACGAUUUGGAGUCACUGUAUAACAAGGAACAUGCUAAAUUAAAAUCGAUAUGGGAAGCCGAAACAUUGGCAGAAAAGGUGGAGAAAGAGCACGAAGCAGAAGAAGAAGAAAAGCAGAUCGAGAAAGAGACCAAGUCCGAAGACGAAAAACAACACAAAGAAAUCGAAGCGCUGGCGAAAGUAUUGGAAGAAAAAUUGCAUAUUCCUUCGGAUCCUCAAGAGAGCAAAGAUCGCUCAAAUGCGACAUCGUCAUCAAAAUAA